AUGAAGCACUCUUUAGAGACGAAAGCUUCUCAGGCUGACCAUAUACCACUGGCACAUUAUUUGCGCACAAUUAUUCUACUCAAAUCCUCCAGCCAGCAAACUCAAAAACUAUACGCUGAAGCAUAUUCCAAUGCGCUCCAUGCUGUCAAACUAGAUACCUCAGCUAAAUACACAGAAGCUAAGCAAGCUUACCAAAAAGUGAUAGACAAUUUUGCAGAGUUGCUCAAAGAUAAAAACAAUGGCAUGGAUCAAAACAAAAUGAUACAAAAAUUGAACGAGUACAAGCAUAGAAUAGAGCAGUUAGAGAGAUACAUGGAGACGACCAGAGCUGCUUCGACAUCGCUGUACAUUAACGAGAAUUCACCAUAUCAGCAACGCCGCGACUCGACUGAUUCCGAGAUAGUUAGAACAGAAGAAGACGACUAUAAUGAUAGAGCAAAGUUUUCGUUUGAUCAGGGCGAAUUAAAUGAAAGCCAAGGCAACACAGACCAUGCACUCGAAUAUUAUUCGGAUGCAGCUGAGCUCUUUCUCAAAGCAUUCAAGCUGUACGAAAACGAUUCAGAAGAGAAACUGAAGGCUCGAGAGAAUUUCACCAGGGCAUUGGACAGAGCAGAGAUGCUAAAGAGAAGCAUCAACUUGCUCAGUGUCGACAAAUUAUCGCCACCGUUGCGUACUCGGUCGUCAUCGUCCGCAUCAGAACGCCCAGCUCUCUACAGUAUGCACCAUCGCUCUUCAUCCAUAUCCUCCAUCUUGUCUAUCGAACCACACUGUCCCACAGACGACAUCAUCACUCAGAAACUAUCCUCUUCAGAAAUCGAAGUCCUGAAAUAUACCUCCAAUGUCAAUGACAAAAUGUUUUUGCCCUGGAUUGACGAGACAGACUUGAAAGAGCAAUUCUCGUAUGCAAAAAAAUAUCUGGACCCAGAAGGGUCUCUUCGACUGUCAGAGAAGCAAAGGGAGAAAUUUGGCGGUUGGAAGAGGCCUGCUGAUAUUAUGAAAUACCCAAAAUUGAUUUGUUUGAUAUCAAGCACAAGUAUUAUCCAAGACAUUGUAACGGAUUGUUCGUUUGUGGCAUCCUUAUGUGUAGCUGCUGCCUACGAGCAAAAGUUCAAAAAGCAAUUGAUCACCUCUUGUAUAUACCCACAAAACAAGCAAGGCCAGCCGUGCUAUAACCCUAAUGGAAAAUAUGUCAUCAAACUUGUAUAUAAUGGCAUUGCUCGAAAAGUUGUAGUGGAUGAUAUGCUGCCAGUAUCGAGAGAAGGGACGUUGAUGUGCACGUUCUCAACAAACAAGGGCGAAUUAUGGGCGAGCAUCAUUGAGAAGGCCUACAUGAAGCUGAUGGGAGGCUAUGACUUCCCUGGAUCAAAUUCAGGCAUCGAUUUGCAUUGUUUGACAGGUUGGAUUCCAGAGCACAUCUUUAUUUAUGAUAAAAACUUUGUGGCGGAUAAUGUGUGGGAUCGUAUUCUGGAUGGUAUCAAAUACGGCGAUGUGUUGGUGACAAUCGCUACAGGUGAGAUGACAGAGGAGGAAGCCAUCAGCUUGGGUUUGGUGCCAACGCACGCUUAUGCCGUGAUUGAUAUCAAAAUGGUGAUGGGAAAACGACUGCUUCAAGUGAAAAACCCAUGGAGCCACAAAAGAUGGCGUGGACCGUACAGCCAUUUGGAUACCAAUGUGUGGACAACAGAGCUCAAAGAAUCGUUGAAUUUCGAUCCUGGUGCAGCCGAGAAGAACGACGAUGGUAUUUUCUGGAUUGAUUUCGAGUCUGUAUGCUCCAACUUUACGUCGAUUCAUCUCAACUGGAACCCAGAGCUCUUUACACAUCGCUGGGUGUUGCAUUCAGUAUGGCCAGAACAUGUGGGGCCAAAGAAGGAUGUGUACAGUCUGGGCUAUAACCCACAAUUCAGUUUGCGAGUCAAUGUACCAGACAAGAAGCCUGCAGCAGUGUGGUUAUUGCUAUCCAAGCAUAUUAUAGUGACUGAGGAAAACACAGACUACAUUACUUUGCACGUCUACAAUAAUACCAAUGGAGAGAGAAUCUACUAUCCAGGCACGCCAUUCAAAGAAGGCACCUAUGUCAAUAGUCCGCACAUUCUCGUUCGAUUCAACGCACCACCUGGGAUCAGCGACUAUACCAUUGUUGUCUCUCAGCAUGAGAAGGAGCGCUCGCUUUACUUUUCACUGAGAGCUUAUUCACUGGCACCGUUCAAGUUGAAUGAAGUGCCUAUGCGAUAUUCCAUCGAGCAAAAGAUGCAUAGCCAGUGGACAGAGCAAACUGCAGGCGGUAAUGCUUGCAAUUCGACUUAUUUGAAUAAUCCACAAUGGAAGAUCACCAUCCCAAAUACAGGGUCUGUUCCUGUCGGCCUUUUAUUGCAGUUGGAAGCACAAAAGGACUUUGCUGUCCAUCUAUUACUGGUGGAAGGUGGUAAACGAGCAUCAAGUGUAUCCGUGCGUGACAUAUUGGCAGAAUCUGGUCCCUACAGGCAUGGAUUUUGCUACUGUGAAUUGCCAAAUAUCAAGCCUGGUGAUUACACUGUUGUUGCCUCCACAUUUGAAGCUGAAUUACUGGGCAAAUUCAUUCUCACUGUAGCAAGUACGAUCAAUGUUCAGGUGGAAGCUAUUCCAGCUGAGGGAGCUGGUAUGUUCAAGAAGGUUCUUCAUGGUGAGUGGAUCAUUGGAUACAGUGCAAUGGGAUGUCCUAGUUUUGGAAACUAUGGCAAGAAUCCGCGCUAUCUUUUAGAGAUACGAGAGCUCACUACAGUCAAAGUGAGGCUUCAAGCCAAAAACGACUCUGAUUCUGUGCCAUCCAUGAAUGUGACAAUAUACGAAAAGCAUCCAACAGAGCUUUUCGGUAGAGAACUGGCUACUUCUGGGCCGUAUACCAAUGUGAUUCAAGGUGUUGCCACUGGUGAUGUUGUAUUGAGUCAAAAUGAAAUGGGUAAACACAGCAUCUCUGUCGGUAUCAUGAAUGUAAUAUACUAA